UGCUUACCCUUUACGACUUUUUGGUGCCCAUAAAUUGAAGUUGCUCGUUCCCUUCUCCAUCACUUGUAGUUACGGGACAAAACUACGUAGCAGUCUUUAAGAAAGCAAGAGACACCCUUUUCCUUCCACCUCUUAGUUUUAUCCCAAGGCUAUGUCAGUGAUGGCCGAUAAUUCAACAAACAAUGGAAGCCACCAGGUGGUUUUGAAUGUGAACAGUGAUGCCUCCAAAAAGUGCGACUCAGAUAACCAAGACUGUGUUCCUCUUUUGCAGAAGUUGGUAGCAGAGGUGGUGGGGACAUACUUCUUGAUAUUUGCAGGGUGUGGUUCAGUGGUGGUGAACCUUGACAAGGAGAAGGUGAUCACACAACCUGGGAUUUCAAUUGUUUGGGGACUCACUGUUAUGGUUUUGGUUUACUCUGUUGGUCACAUCUCUGGUGCUCAUUUCAACCCUGCUGUCACCAUUGCUCAUGCUUCCACCAAAAGGUUUCCACUCAAGCAGGUACCAGCUUAUGUGAUAGCUCAGGUUGUUGGAUCCACACUUGCUAGUGGAACUCUCAGACUUAUAUUCAAUGGCAGGAAUGACCAUUUUGUAGGAACACUCCCAGCUGGUUCUAACUUGCAAUCUUUUGUGGUCGAAUUCAUAAUCACUUUUUAUCUCAUGUUCGUCAUUUCUGGAGUUGCCACCGAUAACAGAGCGAUUGGUGAGUUGGCAGGGCUUGCAGUUGGGUCUACAGUUCUGCUAAAUGUGAUGUUUACCGGGCCAAUCUCAGGAGCAUCAAUGAAUCCAGCAAGAAGCUUAGGGCCUGCAAUUGUGCACAAUGAGUACAAGGGAAUAUGGAUAUAUUUGGUGUCACCAACUCUUGGAGCUGUGGCGGGUACAUGGGUCUACAAUUUCAUCAGAUACACAAACAAGCCAGUGCGUGAGAUUACCAAGAGUGCCUCUUUCCUCAAAGGUGGUGCAGCUGAGUGAUUCAUCACCAAAAUGCAAUAAUGUUUUUUUGCUUUUUCUUAUCUUUAAGUUAUUAGGGUUUAAAUGUAAGGAAGUGCCACUAGUUUAGAGUGGCAUAUAACUUAGUAAUACAGUUAGAGUAAAUGAAAAAUGCAAAUUAUCCAUGUCCAUGCAUCAAUCCUGGUGUAUGUUUGGAUUCAACAUGCAAAAAGAAUCUUGAUAUGUAUUUUUGGAUAAUGCUCUUCCUAUAUUAAAAUUUUAAAAGCUUACAA